AUGGUUUUAUGGCAAGAUACCGUGCCUCUGUUGAUAACCAACAAUUGCGGGGAAACAAUAUGGCCGGGCAUUUAUACAACGGCCGGCACGGGCCCUGGCACCGGUGGCUUUGAGCUGGCAGCUGGUGCCAACAAGUCAUUCGAGGUCGGGUCAGAUUGGUAUGGGCGGGUAUGGGGGCGGACGAAUUGCACAUCACCGUCAGACGGCGUCUUGACCUGCACAACUGGCAGCUGCGGGCAAAUGGACUGCACACAAGCAUCCGGCAACCCGCCAGCAACAUUAGCCGAGAUCCUCCUCUCCGGAGGAGUAGGCAACAACCAGAACUUCGUCGACAUCAGCAUUGUCGAUGGGUAUAACCUACCGCUGGCGAUGGAGUACCAACCGAACCCCAACGGCCAACAGCCACCUCCCAACAUGGUCAACCCAGCCUGCAUCGCAACGACAGGCUACCUGUCCCCAGCCAACCGGACGGGCACAGACUUCACCAACGACACAUACCCAAUGCCGUACGAGUCCAGGCAGACCUCGGAGAAGGUCGGCCACUGGUGCCCGUGGAACCUGCAGAUCCUGGACCCGCCCAAGCCGGGCGACGGCGUGUACCCGUACCCGGACGACAGCACGCCGCGGCCCGUGUUCGACCCGUGCCUGAGCUCGUGCAAGAAGACGGGCAGCGCCAAGGACUGCUGCGACGGCAAGUACAACGACCCGGACAAGUGCCCGCGCAGCCUGUACGCGCGCCACGCCAAGAAGGUCUGCCCGGACGCCUACAGCUUCCCCUACGACGACGGCGCCUCGACCUUCGUCAUCCCCGGCGGCGGCGGCUGGGGCGUCACCUUCUGCCCCGCCGGCCGGAGCACCGACAUCCUGGCCACCUUUGGCACCCAGAUCAGCCAGUGGGCUGCGUCUGGGAACCUGUCUGAGGAUAUCCUGCAGGCGGCCAGGAAUGUGACGUUCAUCGAGGCGCAGGGCGGCGCGGCAGGCGGCGGCGCGGGCGGUAGACUCAUUGGCAGGCUGUUUGUUGCAGUUGUUGUUUCUCUGGCGGUGAAUGUUGUAUUGUAA